AUGUUGGGGCUAAGAACGUCUUUGAAGGGCUCUCUAAGAGCGCUGAACAAGCAGUCGAGACUGAUGUCGUCGUCGGCAGUUGCGGCCAAGUCUACAUACAGAACGCCGGACUUCGGAGAUUAUUUGAAGGAGAAGAACGACGCUGACAAGAGCAGAUCGUACGCGUACUUCAUGGUCGGUUCCCUAGGACUGUUGUCGUCCGUGGGCGCCAAGUCCACCGUGGAGACCUUCAUCUCCACGAUGUCGGCAUCCGCCGAUGUGCUGGCCAUGGCCAAGGUUGAGGUGAACCUGGCCGCGAUCCCUGAGGGUAAGAACGUCGUGGUUAAGUGGCAAGGUAAGCCGGUUUUCAUCAGACACAGGACGCAGGGCGAAAUUGACGAAGCCAACGCUGUCGACAUGUCUGCCUUGAAGGACCCUCAAACCGACUCUGACAGAGUCAAGAACCCAGAGUGGCUGGUCAUGUUGGGAAUCUGCACACACUUGGGUUGUGUCCCUAUCGGUGAGGCUGGUGACUUUGGCGGUUGGUUCUGCCCUUGCCACGGUUCUCACUACGACAUUUCUGGUAGAAUCAGAAAGGGUCCAGCCCCAUUGAACUUGGAGAUCCCCGAGUACGAGUUCGAUGACACUAAGCUGAUUGUCGGUUAG